CCACACCCAAGACUUCGCUCUGAGCUCUACCCAUUUGCCAACUCGUUACACUGUUCAUGCUCUGCAUAUAAAAACAAGAAACGAAAAAGUUAUCUAUGCUUGGCCGAAUCUAGAACUUGGAAUUUCAUCUCUGUUACAAGUCUGCUCUCAACGGAGAUACCCGGCUUUCCUUGUUUCUGUGAGGCAAAAUGCACCAUUAGGUCGCCCUCCAGUCGACACAAUGUCGUGUACCCGAAGCUUCGUCCCAAGUCGCGAUACUGAGCAACUCUGGCAGCCCAUCUAGGCUACACAAGUAGAAGGUCUUUGUACUUCAAGCAAGAUCAGGUCACCAGGCCCCCGUGCGGUAUGCAGCGUCACGUCACCUCUACGCCCUCGACCAGCAUGUCUGAGCAAGGUAGCAGCGUGCGAAAUAUGGAAUCCAUCAUGAAUGUGAGAUCUUUCUCCACAGCAACUCUUACAGAACUACGUGCGGUGCCUCCGUCUCUAGAUACACCAGAAAUGCGGAUGAUUAAAGUUAGUCAGACUGGCGCCGCCGUUUGUAUGCAAUUUCAUAGUAGCUGCGGCUGAACAGACAAUGCUCGGAUUGUGUCCCAAAGAGGGGGCUUGCAGAACUAUUCGGUCCAAGUUUUAUCGCUAGCUCGGCCAGUUACGAUUAUCCCGUCCGGAUACCGCCGCCACGAUGCUUAUUCCCCUCUUUGUUUUCUUUAUAUUAAUUACGCUCGCGUAUUCCGAGCCUCUCCGGCAUAGGCGAUUUUUAAGUUUGCACCCACAUACAACUUACCUCACUACGUCGUCACUCGACUGCUGCCAGCUGGUUGCCAGGUGGCCGCCGUAACUUCCUUUCCUAUUGCCAUUGAAGAACAGCUGCCGUAUUCUGGCGCCCCGUUCCUCGUCUGGUUGUUACAAAGCUGUUGUCUUUUCUCUUGCUUCCGUCACUUUCUUCAAAGUUUCCAAAAUAAGAAAGACUACAAUACAAGACCCCUCAUAUAAAGCCAACGCCACGGACGGCAAGGACAAAGCCAAUUGUUUGCCCCGUGCCUUGCAUAUUUCCAAAAAGCUCACUGACCGUUGAGAAUUUGCUGCUAAACAGACGAGGUGAAUAGCUGUGGAAGGUUCGUCCCUGCUUCACCCCUUCUUCACCAAUAGCCCUGUUGUUGUCCCACGUGGUCGGUUACCUGGUGUGUUGGAAACACAUUAUAGACUGGCACCAUCGCCCUGUACGCUCCCCCUCUGCAUCGACAGUCGUUGCGCAGAUUUCUGCUGUCAGACAGCCCGAUACACUCACUCGCUUACCGUCCCCCAUUCUUUUCCCUGUUUCAGGCAUAAGGGACUUAGUUGCCGGCACAAUGGCUACAAAAGAUUCUGCCGCCAUAGGAAAUCCACCUAUGAACCCCAGUAACGAUAAUGCGGCAACUGGUGACAAUGCCAGACAGCCUCUCUCACCAAAGCGGUUCUGGGUAUUGAGCGUCGGAAUCUGCCUCGGCCUAUUUCUUUCUAUGAUAGACUCUUCUAUCGUUGCAACGAGUUUGUAUACCAUUGGAACCGAUCUGGAUUCGCUCUCCUCCAUCAACUGGGUUGCACUGGCUUACACCUUGGCAUAUCUUGGGUGUGCUGUUGCCUUUGCAAGAGCCUCUGACGUUGUUGGUAGACGAGACGCCUUCAUUGUUGCCUACAUUCUAUUUUUCGCUUUUUCGCUUGCUUGUGGCUUUGCUAAGAACCUCACGCAACUCAUCGCUUUCCGCAGUCUCCAAGGACUGGGAGGAUCGGGUCUCUACUCGCUGACCAUGAUUAUUUUACCUGAAGCAUGCCCAGACCAUAUGAUGCAGCAUGUAGGAGCGCUCAUUGGUAUGGUGAUUGCUGGAUCCGGUGUCUUUGGCCCAGUCCUGGGUGGUAUAUUGACACAAUAUGCCAACUGGCGAUGGAUCUUUUGGAUCAAUGGGCCAAUUGGUUUUGUCUCCCUCGCCAUAUUCAUCUUUAGUUGGCCAUCUAAGAAAGGCACCGGUUCUACAAGACAUUCAUGGAGGAAGUUCGACUUUGUCGGGACAAUACUAGUAAUGGCAGCUGCCAUUUUAGUUGUCUUUGCUUUUCAAAAUGCCGGAGAAUCUAGUUCCAGCAUUUGGAGCAGUGCAACCUUUAUUGCACCCAUCGUUGUGGGAUGCCUCUGUUGGACAUUUGUCGUCGGUUGGGGAGCGGUGUUGCAGUCGAGUUCGUGGGGGCAAACUAUUGCUCCUGCCUUCCCCCUUCAAUUAUUUUCGAAUCGAUACUAUGCUGCAGGAUCUCUUUCAACCCUUCUUCUAGGAUUCCCGUUCUUGCUAAUUGUGUUCUCAUUUCCAACGAGAGCCCAGGUGGUUAGUGAGAAGAGCGCUCUCUUGUCGGGAUUGAUGCUCUUGCCCAUGCUGGGAACAACGGCUAUUGGAAGCGCUGUUGGUGGCAAGUUGAAUUCCACAAAGAAUUACCUCUUUGAAACACUUGCUACUGGAGCAUCCUUGAUGACAAUUGGUUGCGGAUUAUUGACCCUUGUGGGUGGUUCUGAGGAUGACCCAAAAGCGCUGGGCUUUUUAACCUUUUGCGGCCUUGGAUUCGGUCUUUCCACCUCUGCUGCAACUAUGCUCGUAACUGUCGAGGCUCCGCUCUUUAACUCGGCUGCGGCGCACGGCAUUUUAGCACAAAUGAGAAUUCUUGGAGGCAGCUUGGGAAUUUCAGCGUCUACUGUGCUUUUGAGAGAAGAACUUAGGAAGCAUCUAAGCAAUGCUGGCCGCGACAAUGCGAAGGCAGUUGGGAGCAGCAUGAAGACCAGCAUCAUGGACGUCACAUCACCCGAAGUACGACUGGCCUACACCGAGGCUUUCCAUAAGGGCAUGAUUAUUGCAACGGCUAUUGCGGGUGCUUCUAUGCUUGUUACAUUGAUGGGAUACCGACGUGUUCGUCAAGACAUGCUGGAGCAGCGUCGUAUGUUGGCUCAUCAAGAGAAGCUGAGGCGUACGGAAGCGAUGGAGAUGACUCACGGGUUAGCGUAAGACGGCAAAUCAACAGUGAACGAUUGUACGACGCCAUUUGCCGAUCCAAUCAAGAAUGGAGAAGAUCAAUACAGGACAGAGUUGCGUCGAUUAUAUGAGAUUCGGAUACCCUUAUGCUGGUGAUUGGAUAGAACGGAAUUUUGCAAUAACCAUGACAUUAUGAACCAGGCGGCUAGCUUUGUUAGGUUUUUUUUCUCGCUUUUAAGUUUUGCUUUAUUUGAUGCUUGUUUGGUAGACUUUACCCUGGCCAAGAGCACUAGAAUCAAUUUUAUUUUACAGUGCAUUCUCGCAGACAAAUUCUGGGUGUUAAUUUUGCAGUUGAAACCUUGUUUCCUGACAGUUAAAAUGAGCUGAGCCCGUGGUGCUUGUCGACAAACUGAUUUUCAUUCAAGAAUCAAAUCUAUCACACAAAGAUGCCUG